UUGUCCGCCCCUUGUUUGUGUCAGAGAAGGAUGUCCGGACCCAGGCCCGUGGUGCUGAGCGGCCCCUCUGGAGCCGGAAAGAGCACGCUGCUCAAGAGGCUCAUGAAGGAUCACGAAGGAGUCUUCGGAUUCAGCGUGUCACACACAACGAGAAGCCCUCGACCGGGAGAGGAAGACGGCAAAGGGCUGAACAAGCUCCCCAUGCUUCUGGGGGCUGCGUUACUGCCCGUAGCGGCCGUCUUUUCCUCUGAAGACUUAGAAACCUCAUUUUCGUGUCCAAAUGAAUCAGAAACCACAGAUAAAGACUACCACUUCACAACAAGAGAGGCUAUGCAGGAGGGCAUUGACAAUGGAGAAUUCAUUGAGAACGCAGAGUUUUCUGGCAACAUGUAUGGAACAAGUAAAGCUGCUGUGGAAGAUGUGCGAGCCCAGAACCUGAUCUGCAUCCUAGAUGUGGACAUCCAGGGGGUUAAACGGAUAAAAGAGACUGAUCUGAACCCCAUCUAUAUCUCUAUUCAGCCUCCAUCCAUGGAGAUCCUGGAAAAGCGUCUCAGGGACAGGCAGACAGAGACGGAGGACAGUUUACAGAAACGUUUGGAGGCAGCCCGCAUUGACAUGGAGCUCAGCAAAGAACCGGGAGUGUUUGACGUCGUUAUCAUCAACGAUGAUCUAGACAAAGCCUACGAGGAGCUGAAGGAUAUCCUCAAUGAAGAAAUCAAAAAAGUCCAGGAGGCAAAGUAA